AGCACUUUUGCGGAGACGAACUAUGCUUCCGUCGUUCCGUUGGUUCCAUGGUUCCGUUGCCCCUUGGCAACGCUUGUAAAUAUUCACGUAUGUGGAUCCUAAUUCACUUGAAGACAUGCAGUUUCAAUAUGACAUUCAAGGUUUUGCAAAUGUUCAGAUUAUAUUUUUCAAUUGCGUCAACUUCAUCCGUCACUAGAAUUUCUUGCUUGUGAUUUCUACCUAGAGAUCUGUUCAUGACAAUCGACAGGUGUGCUAGUGAUUUAAUGUUAUUCACAUAAAACAUAGGUUAACAUUCACUUGACAAUGAUUCAUUUUUUCCAACCAUUACCAAUUGCAAUUCUUAGUUACUUCUUUAUUGUAGCACAAACUGCCGUUAACUUUUCUAAUGUUGAUAUUCCCAAGGAGCACAUGCCAUUUUACUUUUCUAAUUUCCCUGAAAUUGCUGCACUGUGUACAAAUGAUGAUGAAUGUCCUUAUAAAGAUGAUAUUGGUAAAAAUAGAUGUUGGGGAUAUGAGCAAAGCUGUGAUAAGCAAUAUUCUUAUUCGUUACCUGUCUGCAAUGGUGAUAGCAAAGGUUGGACCAAAUCAACUGAAGAACUUGUGAACCGCUUUUAUGAAGAAGCUGAUUUCGGCUAUGUUCGUCAGAGGGAUCGUGAAAUGCAAAUCAUGUGUGAACCUUUAUUCAAAGAUGAUUCUUCAUUAGAAUGUGCUGACCACCUAAAAUUUUGCAGAGGACGAAAUUUAAUGUUAAAUUUCACAGAUUUGGCAACAAGAAAAGAACCAAUGCGAUAUGCCAUGGAUGUUCUGAAGCAUGGCCAAAUCGGGGGGCAUUGCAAAUUACACGAAAAACGGCUAUUAGACCAAUGUGAUCAUAUAAGUCCGUUGCAAUCAUGGGGACCAGAACUUAAAAAUUUUGUUGAACUGCCAAAUCGUCCAAUAGAAAACCACAACUGCGAUGUCAUAGUUGAAAAGCCAACAUUUAUCCUCAAAAUAGAUGCUACUGUCAACAUGUACCAUCAUUUUUGUGAUUUCUUCAACUUGUAUGCUGCACUGCACCUGAAUUCCUCCCAUCCUGACAUGUUUACUCGUGAUGUCCACAUUCUUAUUUGGGAGAGCUAUACCUACUUGUCAAACUUUGCCCCAGUUAUGGAGACUUUUACCAAACAUCCUGUGUGGGACCUAAAGACCUUUCGAGGUGAAACUGUUUGCUUCCGUAAUGUAGUUUUUCCACUUCUUCCUCGUAUGAUAUUUGGUCUCUUCUACAAUACACCUGUGGUUCAUGGCUGUGAAAGCAGUGGAUUAUUUCACGCAUUUUCAAAACAUAUUCUUCAUCGUUUAAGGAUCCCUAUGCAUAAAAGAAGGAACAACAAAGUUCAUGUUACCCUCCUCUCUCGUCAAACAAAAUACAGACGUAUUUUAAAUGAGGAUGAGUUAUUAAAACAACUUGAAGAUAAUCCAAAUUAUGUUGUUAAAAAGGUUUCAUACUCUCACCAAAUGUCAUUUGUUGAACAACUUGAAAUCACACACAACAGUGACAUAUUUAUUGGAAUGCAUGGCUCAGGUUUAACUCACUUGUUAUUCCUUCCAGAUUGGGCUGCAGUUUUUGAGUUACACAAUUGUGAGGAUGAAAACUGCUACAAGGAUUUGGCACGUCUUCGGGGUGUUAAAUAUUUUACAUGGGAGGAUCCAGGAAAAGUUCACAAAGAAGAUGAGGGUCAUCAUCCAGAUAUGGGUGCUCAUGCCAAAUUCACCAAUUACCAUUUUGAUGUAGAAGAAGUUGAAGCAAUAGUGAAAAGAGCUGCUGAUCAUGUUCAGAAACAUCCAGCAUUCCAAGAAUUCUUAACUUUUAACGGAGAAAGUGAUGAGCAAAGUCUGCACAGUGAAUUGUAACCUUUUGCUACUAGUACUACUUUUUAUUGUGUGUACUACUUUAUCUUGUAAACUGUAAUGUGCAUUUUAGGUCUGUACCUUGAAUCUCAAUUUAAUUUUGUGUUCCAUAUAUCUGAGAUUGUUACUCUGAUGGAGGAGUUUUUUCUUACAUUGAGUAAUUAGAUCUGAAUUAGUUGUGAUUAAUGAUGUUUCCUAAAAUGAGGAAACAACUUCUUUUUUAAAUUAAUAAUUUUUGAAUCCUUUUAAAAAGUAGAUUAGGCAUUUUAAGAGUUGUACCAUUUUGAUAUUAACCGGUAAUUAUAAUUGUUACCUGUGCUUAGUGACAGUAGUAUCUAAAAGACCUGCCAACAUUUUCUAGUAUUUAGAAGGCACUUUUCUUUUGGUAAAAUGUUUACUAUUUUUGGAACAAAUUUUUGAAAAAUCUUUGUGCAAUACAAGUUAUCUGUGAUUUGCAAUUCAGUAUUUAUUUUGAAGUUGGACUUAAUGCAACUGUUGUAGUUUUGAUGUACUAUUUUAAAUUGCGAGGGCUACAUCCGCGUUGGAUGUGUUUUCAAGUGGCUUCAAAUCAGUGCAAUUGUAUUACUAAUAAAAAAUUAAAAAUAGUAAUGCAAAUUCUA